AUGGCAGGCGUGCCCCAGAAGACACUCAAUUGGCUUUACGAUGUAUUGAAACGUGUACGAGAUCACCAUUGCUUAUCCGUUCGAGUCUACUUGGCUAAGCGCAGACAGGAAUAUCACGACCCGAAUCGAACGUACUCAGACCUUGCCCACGUCCUCGCCCGCAAUCCGAGCUUUGCUCCUCGGACAGAUGUUUACACAUUUGAGAAUGGAACGCCCGCGCUCCUCUUACAGUUCAAGGGCACCAUCCCCGUCAACUUUAGAGGAAAUACAUAUCGGUUUCCUAUAGCGUUAUGGGUACCGCAUGCCUACCCUUACGAGGCGCCCAUGUGCUAUGUCACUCCGACGGAAGAAAUGAUGAUUCGGCCUGGUCAACAUGUCGGCGGAGAUGGGAGAAUAUAUCAUCCAUACCUGGCGCAUUGGAGGGAACAUUGGGAGAGGUCGAACAUACUCGAUUUGAUGUCCAUCUUGUCCGACAUUUUUGCCAAAGAACCACCAGUUAUGUCCAGGUCACCACUUCAGCAACAGAGACCAGUACUGCCAAACCCUCCACCAGUGCCGCCUUUACCGAGGGAGAUACAACCACUGCCGGCUUCAAAUGUCCCAGGAUCAAGCCCUCGUCCGCUUGCGCAGCAAUCAGGCGCACCCGCCCCUCCACCUCCUCCGCCCAAACAACCUGCACACUCUGGCGUCCAAACUCCCGAUUCAACGAGCCCAGGGGUUCCCGCGACUUCACGACCUGGGCGCUACGAUGCUCCACCUCCUCUGCCACCUCACGCGCAAGGGCCUGACCAAAGGGCGCAACAACCACACGGAAGUGGCAACAUCCAACGACCAGCCAGUGGUGCGAAUUUCGUUCCUCAACGGUCCAGUGGCCUUCGACAGUCUAUGUCUCCUCAACCUCCCUACCAGCAGCAGCAACAUCCACAAGCUGCGUACGAAUCCGCGCCAUCUUCAUACCCUCCUCAGCCGCCUCUGCCGGGUCAACCGCAGCAAUAUCUGCCAGCGCAGCACCAUCCUCCACCUAGUCAAGGUCUAGGCCAACUCCCCGAUCGCGUCAGACCACCGCCCACAGAUCAGUAUGGACAGAUGCAAACACCAACACCAUCACUUCCCUAUGGUCAACCCCCUGGGCCACCUUUCUCGCAACAGUAUCCAGUGCCACAUGUACAAUCGAUACCGCACCAACCUUAUCCAACACCACAUCAACAAUAUCAACCAGCUCCUCAACCGGCUGUUGCGAAACAGGCAGCGACACCCAACCUUCUCGACUCGCCCUUUGAUAUCCCGCUGCCGGCACCCAAUCCCCAGUCGGCCGACAACAUUCCAGCCCCUCCUAUACCGGUCAAUCCAGAAAAGGAAGCUCUGUUGACGCAUCUGUCUCACUUGGUCACAACGUCUCUCCACCAACAGAUAUCCCAGAACAACUCGGCAUUGGCGCCGUUGGCUUCGCAGUAUGCUGCUAUGCAGACAACUAUGAGCACUUUAAGCAGCGAAUUGAAUAACCUGAAGGCGUUACAUGCGACAGUAUCUAGCAAUAUUUCCGUUCUUCAGGCCUCUCUGACCAAGGCCGAUCAAACGAUAUCGUCAGCGCACACCCGCGCAUCCAAGAACGACAUUCCGCACGUGGAUGAGAUGCUCACGGCCCCGACCAUAGUCGCGCAGCAGCUAUACGAUGCUGCGUGCGAGGAACGGGGCAUUGAAGCCGCAAUCCUGUCUCUUCAAGAAGGCUUCGUGCGGGGACGCGUUGGGAGCGACAUCUGGGCAAAGAAGACCAGAGAACUGGCUAGGGAAGAGUUUAAGCGACGGUGGAUGGUGAACAAGGUGGGCAGGGGAAUGGGACUGGACCUUGAAGCAGCGAUCAAAAAUGUCGAGAACCAUCUCAACUGCCACUUUUCUCCGUUGUUCUAUCUUUUCGAAGCCAAACAAAAUAGGCUGGUUUGGAUCAAAGUCGUCUCGGAGACACAGCUUCAACUUUCAAAGGUCGUUCUGAUGGAGGACAAGGAUGCAUCGACCCGGACUCAAGAUCCACCUCCGUACAAACCGCUGAACCCAAAUAUACGAGAGAUCAGGCUGAUCCAAUUCACCCCAAUUGUAUCUCCCGAGACUACUUCGGAGGCCGCGAACACUGUCGCAUUCUCUUGCUCUGUCGAUGUGUAUUCAUUAGACGCGUACACUGAGGAAUACACUGCGUUCGAAGCUCAAAUUGAAAGCGAAUGUUCAGCUGCAAAGAAAUUACAGGAUUGGAAAUCAUCGCGUCGUGGAGCAUACGCUGCUCGAUUUCGAUGGGGUGAUUAUGUGGCCAUGUCUCAUACAUGGGGCGAGAAAAGUUUGUUUCGUCGGGUUUCGGUCAACGGUCGAGUGAUCCAAGUGUCGCUGAAUCUCGUCCAAGGGCUCACAGCCCUGAGUAAGUAUCCGGCCAUCGCUAGCGGCGGAUUGAAAGUCUGGAACGACUUCCUUUGUCUUGACCAACAGAACAAGGAUGAAGUGCAAAGGGAGUUGAAGAACAUGGCAACCAUCUUCUCAACAGCUUACGAGGUUGUGGCUUGGAUUGGUCCUGCCCUUGACAGGGAUGGGCUAGCUAUGGUCAAACUUGAACAGAUUGGAGCCGACUCCAAAUCUGAUGAGGAACUGUACGAAGAUAUUCGCUCCAUGAGCCCCGAGGUAUGGGCAGCACUCGCAUUCUUCUGUGAGAGAGAAUACUGGCGGCGAAUGUGGGUUGUCCAAGAGUUGAUUUUGGGAGGCCCAGAGACUGCCCUGCUCUGUGGCAACGACUCGGCGCCUCUACAUGCCAUGUGGCGGCUAGCGGCCGUGAUCGUCAAUAACGCUUCUACAGCUCAUCGCCAACUUGCUUUGUCCCUCGACGAAGGGAACAGCUAUUACGGCGAUCUCCGACACAAUACCCUCUCCGUCUGCUCGAGACUAAUAUAUCUCCGGGGUAUCGACAACUGUCUGAGAAAAGGUAGAGAUUGCAACAUCCUUCGUUUGCUGGACAUAUGUCGAGGAUCCCUCCAACAAGAUGCUCGUGACAAAGUGUAUGGAAUUCUUGGGUUGCUGCCACCACAAGUGACAUCGCUCAUUACACCCGAUCUCGACAAGACAGCACACGAAGUGUACACAGACCUUGCGAGAUCCACUAUCCGAGGGACGAAGCGGCUGGAUCUUCUGCAAAAUUCCAGGCUUGAUGCCACACACAUCAAAUAUCCCACUUGGACUCCAGACCUGCUCAUCAAGAAUAUGUCACAUGCUCUGGGAACCCCAGGCAUUGUAAAUGCAGGUGGGGACCUUGACACGGUGCCAAACUUUUCUGCCGACGGACGAUUUCUACACUGUCAAGGUCUUGUCAUCGAUGUCAUUGACCAUCUGACACCGCCUUUAUGGCCACUAGUGCCAGUAACUUCUGAGGAGAUCGAAGAAUCGAUUCCGCUGUCAACUUGCUCUCCAGGAGACAUGUCAGAGCUCAAGGUGACACUCUGGAAGACUCUUGUUGGUGGGAGUGCUAACGGCGACUUCGAUUCGCCCGCUGCUGAAGAAUAUGCUCAAAUACUGGAAUUCCAUUGGCCACAGAUCACCGACGAGGACGAGAUCCCUGACGUUGCAGCCGGCAUCAUAUCGGAAGGCUGGUGUACCUCCGAUGAAAAGCAAGACUUGACCACAUUUCUGCGCCUGCUGCAUCGUGCUAGCCGAGACUUUGACGUCUGUGGACAUGCUCUCGAUAGCUUUUUCGGCCAUGCCACACCACUCGUGAAUGCUUCUGCCGAAACCAAGACGUCAAAGUCACAAACGAUCAAGAAAGCGCUUCGUCAAGUGGGUAACACCAUGAAACGUCGCCGCUUGGCUGUAAUGAAAAAUGAGAGACUGGGUGCGGUCGUCCGUCAAGCGCAACGAGGUGAUCGUAUUGCGGUGCUGCGGGGCUGCAGCACGCCGCUUGUCUUGAGACCGUCCAAGCUGCUGCCAUCGGAUCCUGGCUUCGAAAACAUGGGAGAUGCUGAAACAUAUGCGGUCGUCGGAGACUGCUAUGUCCAUGGCAUCAUGAACGGAGAAACAGUGACGGGAACAGAAUCUUGGGACAAUAUCGUGCUCUGUUGA